UCAUAAUUGUUGUUGUUUCGGUGAAGUACAGACGUGUUUAUGCGGGUGCGCAGCGUGUAAAUUGGUUGUUUGGAACAGAAAGUCAACUAAUUGAUAAACAUAAAAGUUGUGACCAGAAAUUGUCUUACAAGGUAUUCGGCUUUGCAGCAUUCUCUGUUUCAUAGCUCAGCUCAGCUGCACAAGCACCUGUCAUUGUGCUCUGCCGAAUUGGAAUCGUGCGCGCGUCGCUUAGCUGCAGACGGUGUUGAAUAUUUAAAAAUUUACCCGCUUGCAAUUAGUGAAAAAGUGUUAAAAAGUGUUCGCGAGUGUGUGUGUUUGCGCGCAUUCGUGUGUGUGUUUGUGUGUACGAGAGUUUGUGACAAAGCAAACCAGUUAGUUGCCAUCCAGUUGUAACAGAUUUUUUGUUUUCAAUCUCAGUAGCUAUGCUGAAUUAAAUGUUAAUCCUGGACACAUACACACAUAUACUCCAUAAAUACAUUCUUAUACUUGGCUAAUAGUUUUUAAGCUGUGUGCUCCUGUUCGAUCGCUAUGCGAAAUUAAUUUCGACUUUGUUCAAAGUGUUGCAAAAUUCUAAAAAUCGGUGUGUGUGUUGUGUGUUCCCCAAUUGUCCCCCCUUUUGCAAAAGGCUUACUGACACGGCGAGAAAAUGAAUAAAACCUGUGCGCGCUGCCAAAAGGUGGUUUAUCCCAUCGAAGAGCUGAAGUGUCUGGACAAGACAUGGCACAAAACGUGUUUCAAAUGCACAGAAUGCGGAAUGACGCUCAAUAUGAAAACCUACAAGGGCUACAACAAAAUGCCAUACUGUGAAGCGCACAUACCCAAGGCCAAGGCAACGGCGAUUGCGGAUACGCCCGAGCUGAAGCGCAUCGCGGAAAAUACGAAAAUCCAAUCGAACGUUAAAUACCAUGCAGACUUCGAGAAGGCCAAAGGCAAAUUUACACAGGUGGCAGACGACCCGGAAACGCUGCGCAUCAAACAAAACACGAAGCACAUAUCGAAUGUGGCAUAUCACGGCGAUCUGGAGAAGAAGGCAGCUAUGGAGAAGCAGCGCGGCUCCGCCGAGGUCUCUGACAGCAGCAACGAAUCGGAAUAUUUCUCUGAGCAAUUGGCAGCUGAACAAUUCUCGCAAUAUGCACCCACAGCCUCGCCCAUACCGCCAGCAACACUGCAUCAACAGCAGCAGCAGCAGCAGCAACACCACCAACAGCAGCAGCAGCAGCAGCACCAACAAUACCAGCAACAACAACACCAACACUAUGUACAACAACAACAAACGCUGCCACCACCACCAAUACAACACCAGCAAUACAAUACGGCGGCCAUAACGCCCACAUAUCAACACCAACACCAGCAGCUGCCACAGCAGCAGCAACAGUUGCUGCAGCAACAAAAUCACAGGCAGCAGCAGCAGCAGCAACAGCCGCAGCACGAUCCAUACGCACACUAUCAACAGCCACAGGCGCUGCGCCAGCAACAGUUGCUGCAGCAGCAGCAGCAGCAGCAACAACAGCAACAGCAGCAACAUGCCAUUAAACAAUCCUCACAUCUGUAUCCCACAGCAAUAUCGCAGUCACAGCAGUCGCAGCAGCAGCAGCAGCAACAACAGCCGCAGGCGGUCAAUAGCUACAAUCAGCUGCGCUCGGCCAUUUUGCACAACUCACAUCAUCCCAGUGGAAAUGCGGCGGACCAGUUCGAUCACAGCCAGAACUCGGCAACGGCGCUGCAUCAGCAACAGUUGCAACAGCAAUUGCAGCAGCAGCACUCACAGCAGCAACUGCAACAGCCAGCUAUCCAGCAGCAACAUUCGCACAGCAGUCUGCUGAACAACAAUGCCAGCAACGGCAGCAUUCACAGCAACAACAACAACAACAACAAUGGCGGCGUGGCACAUCCGCAUCCGGCCACUUUGAGCUACACACAGCAGCAGCAGCAGCCGCAGCAGGUGCGCUCCCAGUCGAGCGUGCACAGUAACAACUCCAAGCAUCAGUUGCAGAUGCAGCAACAGUUGCAGCAGCAACAUCAAAGCAACACCAAUGUGCAGCAGCUGUAUGUGGCAUCCAACUAUAGUGCGGUAACGCCAUCCGAGAACGCUUUGGGCGCCAAGCUGCAGGCGAGCAAUGGCCAUUUGAACGCACAGCAGAGCAGCAACAACAUUGGCAAAAUUGCCGACUAUGAUCCCCUGACGGACGGACCACGGCCGAUGCCAGCCACCGGACGCUCUAGCACCACUCUGGUGUAUAGCUCCGAUCAGCGCGGCGCCGCAGCCGUGGGUAAUAGCGUUUAUCCCAAACGCAUUGGCUCCAUCUCGGACAUAGAUCCCGCCAAUGGCAUUUACGGCUCACUGACCAGCGAGCAGGCGCAGGCCCAGAAACAGCAGCAAUAUUAUCAGCAGGUGCAAAUGAUGCAGCAGCAGGAGCAGCAGCAACAGCAGGCGCGCCAACAGCUGCAGGAUAAACAGUCGCGUCAGGGCAACUUGCGCGUCUAUCGAGCCAUUUACGACUAUGAGGCACAGGAUGUGGACGAGGUUAGUUUUCGCGAGGGCGAUGUUAUAUUCGAGGUGGAAUCAAUUGACUCCGGCUGGAUGACCGGACGUGUGGAGCGCACCGGCAAGACCGGCAUGCUGCCCGCCAACUAUGUGGAGCAGGCGGUUAUAUAAUAGGGAAUGUGCUACUACUGCUGCUGCCGCCAGCAGUUUGUGGUCAUACUGGUCUGCCUGCUGUAUAUAUUGCUCGUGCUGAUCUUCUUCAUCAAUGUCUUUCUGGCUGAUCGUAAUAUGCACACGAAUCUAAUGCGGGCAGGCGGCAAUCCGAUGAUGGGUGGCGGCGGCGGCGGCGGUGGUGGUGGUGCGGGCAUACAUCCGGGCAUGCAUCCGGGACACCACAAUCCAUACGAUAUGCAUGGCUAUCAUCACUACAACAAUUAUCAUCCACAAGUGGAUCCGAAGCAGCAUCAACAGCAGCCAACACGAAAGACUCCCCAACAGCAGCAGGCGGAACAGGAUAUUUACUACUAUUUCAACCACGUAUUCAGGCGGCGCUGAGAUAUACCCACACAUACACACACACACAGUCUCACUCACGCCUAAUCCCACACAUACACACACACCUAUAUAAAAAUACAUAAUUUCAUAAAUAUAUAUAUAGAGAGAGUAUAUAUAGUCGACAGGCCAACAUGUAAAACAAAGGGAAAUGAGAACGAACAUAACACAGAAAAAACUGAAGGAAAACAAUUGUAAAAUUUAUAGCAUAAAAUUGAAUGUGAAAUUGAACCAUGAAAAACAAAAAACUAUAAGCCAUUUAUAAGAAUAAUAUCCAUAUACAAUAAAAAACAAAAAUGAACAAGCCACAAUAACAACAACAAUUUGAGAGCAACAAAACAA